UCUUGGAAUUGCGUCCAGAGAGAACAUUCUCAGGGUGCAACAAUCCAAACAAGGGGAUAGAGAGAAAGAGAGAAGAGGAAACUGAGCAAAGAGAAGAUAAAUACAGAUGGGGCGUGGGAAAAUUGAGAUAAAGAGGAUAGAAAAUUCGACCAACAGGCAAGUUACCUUCUCCAAGCGCAGGGCUGGUCUUCUGAAGAAAGCCCACGAGCUUGGAAUUCUCUGCGAUGCACAACUCGGCCUCAUCAUCUUCUCAAGCAAUGGAAAAUUGUUCGAGUAUUGCACCCAUACUUCAAGUAUGCGACAGAUCAUAGAUAAAUACCUGCAGGUCACUGGAACUCGCAUUCCUGAAUACAAUCACCAAGUAACAGAGAUCCAAGUUUAUUCUGAGAUUGCGAAGAUGAAGAAUGAUUACGAUAAGCUCCAAGCAAGCAUGAGACAGUACACUGGAGAGGACCUCACCUCUUUGUCCAUGAGCGACUUACACGAGCUUGAACAACAGCUCGAAGCAUCCGCUACUAAAGUUCGAACCAGAAAGGAGGAACUGCUGCUACAGCAAUUGGAGAAUCUUCGCAGGAAAGAGCGCAUUUUAGAAGAACAAAACAACCAUCUGCGCCACCUUAUACAAGAGAAUCAAGCAGCUAUGGAGAACAAGAUGGCAGACCAAACGAUGUUGGAUCAAUUUGGAGGAUUUUAUCAAGUGGAACAACCUGCAAACAUGCUUCAACUCUCCCCUCUUCGCGGAUUCCGCCUUCAGCCUACUCAGCCAAAUCUUCAAGAAGUCACUCUUCAGUGUCCUGGAUUGCAACUUUGAUUGCUCAAAUAUGAUGGGAAGACGAGCUUUACUUGGUCCUUCAAUGUAGUUUGACCCAUUCUAUUGGCUUAUGUUGUGUUUUAUGUUAUUUUUUGGGUUUUAUUUUGUGUUUUAUG